ACCAAACCCCGAUGCUUUUGAGCCAGCGAGAACUACCAGUUAGACUGCAUCAUAGCCGUCAGAUCUUCUCAGGAACGGGAUUGCCUUCCACGGUUCAAAUACUGGUGGGCGAAGGCGGGGCGGCGCUUCCGCAGAGAAGAAAUGGAGGCGGAGGCAGAGGUCUUGGAGCCCUUCGAGCUCCCUUUCUCCGACCUCCUCCUCCUCUCCUCAGCCGCUUCCGCUCCUUCGAGGCUUUCUUCCUCCCCCCAAGAGCUGGCGAGGCUCGAAUCCCUCUCCGCCGCCGUGAUGCAAGCCCUGGGGCCAUCGGGGGCCGGCCUCCUCUCGAUUACCGGAGUCCCCAAAGCCCCCGCCCUCCGCCGCGCCCUUCUCCCUCUCGCCCGGAAGCUCGCGCUUCUUGACAACAAGGAUCGCGCUCGAAUCCUUAAGGAGCAUGGUUUAGGCAGUGAUGUUCCUUUGAAGAAUCCAGAUAGGGGUGUCUCCUCAUUUGCCUUGCAGUUAAAAUACGGACAAGAUUCAAGUUUGGAGAUGUUUUCAAGUGGUCUUAGCAUUUCAGAACAAGGCAGCCACAGUGAAGAAGAUAAUUCAUUUGUUAAUAGGUUCCAGGAAUUCAAUUAUUGUGGGUUUGAGCAGCUCGGAAAAACUUUUAAGGAACUAGGUCUUUGUAUGAUGCAACUUGGACUUCACAUAGCACAGAUUUGUGAUAAGGCCAUUGGUGGCAGGGAACUGGAACAGAGCAUUAUAAACUUGGGUAGUGCAAAGGGACGUCUUAUUCAUUAUCAUUCAACAUUAGAUAACCUUAUUCUCAAAGAGAACCAUAGGAGAACGAAGAAAGUACAUUCAGCUGACCUUUGUCCUUCAAAGUUUCAUACUACUAUAUCAGGAGGUUUGUUUCCAAGAUCAGGAAGGGAGCCCCUGGAUGAGUUGCAUGCAAAAAAUUGCUUGAUUAAAGAUAGAUGCUGCAGAAUUUCUUUGUCCAGUUUGUGGCAGCAAUGGCACUAUGACUAUGGAAUCUUUACUGUUCUAACAACACCGUUAUUUAUGUUGCCUUGCCAAAUAGAAGAUUGUUCUUCUGUGUCAAACAGUCAAGAGUGCUCUUCUCCUGAUGGGCAUACAUAUUUGCAACUAUUUGACACUAAAAGGAAUAAACUCUUUGCAGUGAAAUCCCCACCUGAGAGCUUCAUCAUUCAGGUAGGGGAAGCAGCUGAUAUCUUGUCGGGAGGUAAGCUUUGCUCUACACUUCAUUCUGUUGGCAGACCUGUUGAAAUAGAGAACUUAAGCCGGGAGACAUUUGUCGUCUUCCUGCAGCCAUCUUGGGACAAAACUCUCUCUUAUCCUGCAUACCUUUCAGAGUCUAAAAGAAGUAGGAAGUUGUUGUCAAACAAGGAGACAUCUGGGUCCUGUAACAAUGGCAGUGGUUUACCAAGCACUGUGGUUGCUGGGACUCAGGAACCACUUGAACUAAUGCAAGAAAUCCUCAGAAAAAUUCCACCACUAUCCUCUCGAUUGAGAGAUGGGAUGACAUUUGCAGAAUUCUCACGUGAAACUACCAAGCAGUACUACAGUGGCAGCGGAACCCAGUCUAUGAGAUAGCUAAUGCAAUGGGUAUUUUCUGUUGGUUGUCAACAUCUAAUCAACUAUAAGUUUUUAUUUAAUUCAAACAUCAAAGAGGAGUUAUGAUUCUCGGAGGUUGCUAAGUGUGCAAAAUUUUGUUUAUAAGCAAGCAGUAGUUGUUCUGCUUUUAUGAUGGAGAUAAAAUAUGAAAAAUAAACUGAAAUAGCCCAAACUAGAACAAGGUAUUAGAAAACUUGGGAUCAUAGCUUACAUGCAGAGGGGGAAAAAUGUAUUCCUAGGUCUCAGCAGAUUGUGCUUCGGUACAUAUCUGCAGAUUCCCUUCUUCAGAAGCUUGACAUGGCCUGUCUGUUUACGUUUACCUUCAGCAGUGUUACAUGUUCCAAAUGGCAGUAGACAGUUGAGAUAAGAGUCAGUACUUAUUUUUGGGAACCUGGAAUCACACAGAGCAUGGCAUUUUCAGUCAGCAACUCCUCCUCGAAGAAGUAAUCAAGUAUUCAGUACACAUAAGCAAGAGUUGUAUUUAAGGAUUGACAAAUUGUACCUCAAAUCCUACCAAAGAUCUGCAAUAGUUGGUGUUCGUAAGCGUGAUGCUUGCUGAACACAUUCACUGUCUUUGAGGGACAUGCUGGACCUAUCAAGUUUGAUUGACCAUGGAUACUGAUACCCAUUUGCUGUCAAACCCACAUGGGAAGAAGAUCGUUGCAUCUUUACACCUCUAGGAAUGUUCCUUCCUUCCACUGAUGGCCUCUGCGUGCUUGUUUGCCUUUCAUAUGAAUCAGUUCGUUGCCUUGGUGUGCUCUGUGACCGUGCCUUUGCCCUUGAUGACUCUGUGUUGGCCAUGUAAUUGGGGUAAAAGUGGUAGUCGAAAGAAGUUUGUGUUGCAUCAGUUAGAGACACAGCUGACAAGUGUUGAGGACUGGUUUGUGCUGUGGUGAAUGAGAACUCCUCAAAAUGCCCACCAUAAGCCCUUGGGCUCGUAAAAGUAAUUGCUGAUCGAGCAGAUGAUAUCUGCUGGUAUUGGUCUGCCCUGAGAGGCAGACAAGCAUUGCCAUAAUAUAUAGAGAGUCUGCGAUCCUUUAUUUCAGUGUUUGUGAUGGAAUAACUGUUCCUGUUCUCUGUACUGCCCCUCGACUCACGAAGAUCCAUUUCCCCAAUUUCGACAUUCCCCUCUGCACUUCUAUCCAUGUCCUACAUUCAUGAAACAUGUCUCAUAAGAACAGUAAAUCUGAAGAUCACUUUAAAAUUUAGGCUAAUAGCCGAAGCUUUUAUAUGUCCCCUUGAUGUCUAAACUUGGCGACAUAGUUUCCAUGAUCCAAUUAUUUGGUUUUUUCUGUCAUUUUAGAAGAUGCUGUCAGUAAUAUUUUUACUGGAAGGUGGACUUACAUAUGAAUGUCGGGAUCUGCGACGCUGUGGUGAUCUCCUGUAUACAGACUGCCUUUGUGAGAUGGCUUGGGACUCUUCAACCAUUCGGAUCCUCUGGGCACAUGCUCGGGCUUGAGCAGUCACCAGUGCUUGCAUGCUGCGGAGAGUAGCUGUAGCUUGCUUCCUCACCAGGUGGCCUCUCACCAAUGCUUGCAGUUUUACCAGACCUUUCAAUGCACGUAGAGCUUUCCUUGCCUGCAGAUGUAGAACCAGCAAUGUGUUAAAGAGACGAGAGGAGAACAGGAAGUACCAGAUAUGAUCUAAAGGCGGCCUGAACCUUGAUUACAGCUGCCUCCUCAAUGGCACUGGAUGUUUUACCAGUGGUGGCGGAGGUUAGACUCAUCACAUCUGCUGCAGCCUGUGCAGCAGCAACGGCAACACCUGCUGUGGCAGCUGCCGUCGCUGCUACAGCCAUUGCAUGCGUCUUUUGAUCAAUCUCAGCCUCUAACAGCGCAUUAGUAGGUGUACUUACUGUUUGGUCUGGAGAAGUCGAACCCUUCCCUGCUGCUGCUUGUUUUCUGAAGCUCCAUCUCUUCUUCUCCUUUGGAGUGCGCACUUGGAUUGGAUCUAAUUGGGCCUUUGUCAGCAGUGAAGACGUUAAGGUCUUCUUCUCCUCCCUCUUGCCCGUCAAGAAGCUUUUAAGCCAUCUUGCUGCCAUCCCCAUUGCCCCUCGAAAGCAUUUUUACAGGAAGGUUUUAGGAGCCAUUUGCACAGAACCUAUAUGAUACAAGGAAACAAGCUCCCAUAUGUCUCAUGUAGAUCACAGUGGGGUGAUCUGGGGCUCUUGUUUGUUUAUUAGGAGCAGGCCUGCAGGAAAAGGAGAGAAAAAUAUGAAGAGAUUUCCCUGGCAAGCCACUUGCACGCAAGCGUGAGAUUGAUCCAAUGAUUUCUAUUAUCAUAAUUCCUAUAUUUCUUUGUAGAGAAUUGCCAGCCAGCCGUAUCUUGUCCUGGAGUUAUUGAAGGAAUGGGCAGGGGAAGCAUUGUUUUAUGGAUUACUGAAUGGACGAGAGGGUCAUGUGGACGAAACGGUCAUGAACGUGCUGGCGAUCCGUAGAAAUACUCUGGUUGUCAGCAUCUCAUGUAAAGUUGGGCCCAUCAUAGGCUUAUGGUGGGUCCCUGCUAGUUUCCAGCACCCAAUGAACCAGCUUUUAGCUUCCCAUCCUAAAAACAAAGAUUGUACAUCCUCUGUCUUCCAGGAAGCCUUGCCUGUUGGAUCUUGGAUCAUUACCGCAUGGUUGUACAAAAUCAAACUAUGAGGCCAACAUUGAAGGUUCGCCUGCCGGCUUGCUUGCCUUAGGUUUUCUGAAUGGUCCUCUGUUACUGAAUUGAUGUCAAGUUGAGAUUACAUCACAGUUGGAAGUAGAGCCUCAUGCUCUAAUGGAAUCAAAAUUCUGGGGGGUGCAUCUGUUGUUGAAAGAGGAUAAGCAAAGACCUAUUUUAAGUCGUGGAAAGCUUUCUUUUGGUGCUUCUCAUCAACAGUUUUUAGCAUUAUCCAUUCAUAACAGGGAAAGAAGCAAAAGGGGAAUAACCUUGUGUCAAUACAAUUCGAAGAAGAUCCCCGCAGCAGGAGAGUUUAAUUGUUUGAUUUGUAUUAUCGAGCAACAAAUUGAGGUUUGCUUGGCAAUCACAUGGUGUUGCAUACCCGACUUCCUUCCCCGAUGGAAUGUUGGGAUGAGAGAAGCUGCAUCCAGUCUUAUGACUUGAUAUUCUUUUGCUUUCUUGGUGUUGUAUAUUUUACGAGUUUUGAUUCCUUCAAGCAUAUAUUAAGGGUAUUGGAAAAUAAGUAUAAAUAUAAAUAGUGACAUAGCUGAAGGUCCAAUGAAGGUUCAAGACGCACAUUUGCAUGGGA